AUGAGAGUCACAGACAUAUCCACUGAGAUGAUUGCAGAAACAUUUGUCACAAACUUCAAUGGAAUCAUUGAAACAUGGAACAGAACUUUAAAUUCUGCUCUCCUGUGUCUCCAAGGGAAGAGGCCAGAGAAACGUCCUUUAGUACUUUUAGAACUAUGGAUGGAUUAUAAAGCUGACAUUAAUGCAUUAUUGGCUGAAAUGGUAUAUGGGAAGCCACUGAGUAUUCCAGCAGAUUACCUCACACCACAACUGGCAGAAUUACCAUUUUUGAUAUCCAGUUUUUGCACACAAGUGUUGACGGAUUCCUCUCAUGCCAUGCUCCAUUUUUAUUUAGUUAGAGCCCCUCUUCAGCCCCCCUACACUGGACCUUUUCAAGUGUUGCAGUGUGGAGACCACAUUUUACACAUUUUGCAAAAUAGCAAACGCAGCAUGGCAUCUAUCAACAGAGUUAAACCAGAUUGGGGCAUACCAUUGCCAACUUUUGGUGACACAUCAACAACCAGAAUUAUACAAUGCCCUGACCACCCACACUGGCAGGGUUGUUAG